GAUCUCUCUGUAUCUCCCAGCUGAGGGUAAACAGCCUGUGCACAGGAUUUGAUUUCAUAUGCACUGAAAGGCACAAGGCGCUACUCCAGGAAAUGGAUCAUUUCAAGAGUUCCUGCUGGGGACUGUGUGGAAGGAUGGCAGUUGCAGAACCCCUGACUUCUUUCUCCCGGUGGUACCUCUAUGCCAUUCAUGGCUACUUCUGUGAGGUGAUGUUCACAGCUGCCUGGGAGUUUGUUGUCAAUUUCAACUGGAAGUUCCCAGGAGUCACCAGUGUGUGGGCACUCUUCAUCUAUGGCACUUCCAUCCUCAUUGUAGAAAAGAUGUAUCUGUAUCUGAAGGACAAGUGUAACAUAUUAGUGCGCUGCCUCAUAUAUACCCUGUGGACGUAUCUGUGGGAGUUCACCACUGGCUUCAUUCUGCGCCAGUUCAAUGCCUGUCCUUGGGACUAUUCACAGUUUGACUUGAACUUCAUGGGCCUCAUUACCCUUGAGUAUGCCAUUCCAUGGUUCUGCGCAGCAUUUAUCAUGGAACAGUUGGUCAUCAGAAACACUCUACGUUUACGGUUUGAUGAGAAUGCUGAACCAGGGGCUCCCACAGCUCCUGUAACCUUGGCCAAUGGCCACGUGAAGACUAAUUGAAUAGUAACUUAGGGCUGCACUUUGACGAAAUGAACUCCUGCCCCCUUCAUUAGAGACCUGUAAUGAUGGCUUCAAAAGCAAAAUUCCUGCUUCCUCUAUGAUAAAGAAACCUCCUUCUGUUGGAGCUGUGCAUGAAAAAGUGGAACCAGUAGAUUUUCUAUGGAUUUUACUUUUUGUUUUUUAAACUGCAAGUAGCACUGCCAGCUACCUGUUGGCUAGAUAGUUUCUGACUUGUAGCUUACUAUAUGAACUAUUACCUGCAUUUUACUGCAUAUGUAAAAAAUAAGAGAAAUGCUAGUAUAGCUUGUACAACACACACACACACACACACACACACACACACAAGUUAGUAAAUUGGCACAGAUGCCCCUGUUAGUGAUUGGCUUAUAUUCCAUGAGGCAAUAUUCAGGUGCUUGCUUGCAACCAAUACCUCCCAUGGGACCUGAGAUGCUGCAGGGUCAAGAAGAAAUCAGCAGCUGCUGAGAUAGCCCAACAGUGGCAGUCUACCUGGGAGGUCGAGUUUGCCCUUUUGUGUGCUCCUCCUAAGGCUUUUUUAUUGCACCACAGUGUAUGAUAUUACGGUGCUGGACAUCUUACUGGAUUUAUAUAAAAAAUUACUUUUUGAAUCAUCCAUUCUGAUGCUCAUUACAGAGCUUGCUCUCCCAUUCCGAUCUCUCUCUUGUGCUCUCUCUUAUAUAUAUAUAUAUAUAUAAAAGGCCUGUUCUUCUGGAUUAAUUUUAUUAUUGUUGUACAAGCUACAUUUUGGUCAAGUGGCCAAAAGUGGGAGAAAAAUGGCUGAAGUCUUCCCUAUUUCUUAUCUUUACUAUUUGUAGAGGAAUUCAAAAAGAAGGGCUGCUUCAGGUCUGGUUCUUGCUAACCCCUUAGCCACUAUUCAUAUCACCAGCUCUUCUUUCCUCCCCAAGAAAGUCUGUUCCCCGUGAUCCUGAUGGCUAUAAACAUAGAUCAUUGGUCCUGGGAUUAAAGUCGUCACAUGGCAGCUGGAUUCAUCAAGAUUUGGAAUCCUAAAGAACUGUAUAUUCCUUGUGUUUAUUUUCUUCUGUCUGCACUGAUCUGACCUUAUCUAAGUCUGCCUAGUGUUCUCCAAGUACUAAUAGCAGUAUUGGUAGUGCAGCCAGCUCUCUUUCUAAAAGUAUGUGUGAGCUGCAGAACUGCCUUAUAGUAAGGGGCACUAUAGGAUCACUCUCUUCCAGAAUGGGCUGAAACAGCACAGCAAGGGCACACUAAGCUCAAGGGAAGCAAGAAGGUCCCAAGCAGGUACAUAGCAAGUAGUUGUAAUGAGAUAGAUCGCUAUCUAGUGACCACCAAAGAAUAUCUCUUUUUGUUCUGAUGAUUCUGGGGCUGCUUCAAGUAGCAAGCAUCUAAUAGCCUUAAGAGGAAGGUGUGCUAUAACCGGGCCUCCUGGACCAGAAGAAUUCCAGGUAUCAUUUGCACUGAAUGGAAGGGAAUUGUACUAGCAAUGAAGUUAGGCUUGUGAUAUGAAUGUCCUUAUAUGACUGCAGAACCUCUUCUGUUUUUUUGUUAAAGAUGUGACUACUUAAUUAUUUGGUCUGCUAUUGUUUGUUUUAUCAGUCUAAUACAACUGUUUGUUUGUCCAUUCUCAGAAAAAGAAACAUAUCCUGCCACUUUGGAUGGGUUCUACAUUGUCUAAUGAACAUGAGUCACCUUAGCUUGUCAGAGUUUGAUUGCUUUGUUCCUUUCUAUGUCCCUGACAUGUGAUAUCCAUCGCUGGUCAUGGGUGGGCAGAGAUACUGGGCCUGUGAUAGACUGCAGGCUCCUGAAAUACUUGGAAAACUUCAGAGAGAUUCAUACUCUCUUUUUAUAGUCCAUCCAAUGUUUAAAAGUAACCACUAAAUGAAACCAUGUUUCCCAUCCAGUGUGGUGCCACGCAUAGAGACUUUAUGCAUCAGCCAUGCAACAGAAGUCAACUAAGAUUGAAAAAUAAGAUGGAAGGGCAACUUGUUGUUGUCCGAGAUAUGCUCUUAAACCCUCUUUGUUGAUGACAGAGUAUCCUAAAUACUGUGAAAAUAAGCUUUCUCUUAGCAUUUCUCUUCUGUGAGAUUCUGUUCUGCACCUCAAAAGGCAAGAUUAACUUGUAGAGGUAUUAUACAUUGCUGGUCCCCCCCCCCCCCCAUACUGAAAAUAUAUAUAUUUUGAUUGCUUUAUAUAUAUAUAAGUUUUCAAUGAAAAGAAUAGUGCAAGAAGGAAAUCUGGGAAACCUACACUUCCUGGUAACAAGUGUUUAUGAAACACAAGGCAGAAUUACAUUCUCACCACUAACCAGUCACCAAUAAGCUUAGACAUUAGUUCUGUUUGAUUUCCAUUCCUGCCUUGGCCAGUAGCACAACCCUGUACCCUUUGUGUCUGUAUUCUUAUCCUAAAUAGCACAGUUACUUAAUGGCUAAACAACAGUUGCUUACACUAAAGACUGGUUUCUGGCCUUCCUAUGGGCAUCUUCUACAAAUGAGCUACCUUUUCCUUUGGUGCAUUAAUGCUGCACCUUCUAAAGCAUAUUUUAUGCUAUUAUCUCUGAUUCUACUCUGAGAUGUGCCCUCAAAGGUCUGUAAUUUUCACACAGAAGUGCACUUUAUUUGCAGUUUGCACACCAGAAACUGAGCUGGGCAUCAUAUAGUCAUCUUUCUCCAUGUUCCAUUGACCAGUCGUUCCAUUGACCAAUCAGCAGUUGUCUUUAACAGUGUUUUGCAGCUUCUACUGUAGCAGACUCUGUGGUUCUCCUUACUCGUUUAGGAGGAAUGCAACUAGGUUGCAUCCAGAGAUUUUACCCAUUUUGCUUCAUUUAACUUUUUUUUUUCACUUCAAGUGAAAACUACUGAUGUUGUUUUGCAGCCGGGUCUCUUAAACUACGCAGCAAUGACAGCCACAUUGCUGCCAACAGUCGCCUAGAAGCUGUGCAGCAGAGGAAGCACUUGCGUAUAAAACAUAACAAUUAAAACGCACACAAUCUUCAGUUAAAGAUUUGCUUGUACGUGUAUCUUCCUCAGUAGAUUAAAGUUGCCUGUUUGAAUUCACCAGCAAUAAAAACUUGUGGUUUGUU